AUGCGGAAGGCCAGCGCAUUACAACUGGUGCUACUGGCACUUGCCAUCCACUGGCAAAUCGAUUCGAUCACCACCACGAACAUCCUCUGUGGCCAGCGACCUAUUGCUGCCCCGGGUACCAUCACCUACGGUCGGUCUAGUUGGCCCGGUCAGUUUCCGUGGCAUGUGGCACUGUACCGGACGGAGCAGCCUCUUACGAUUUCGUACGCUUGCGGCGGUUUCAUCGUGGGUGAACGGGUGGUAAUUACAGCGGCCCAUUGCGUCACAGCACCGAGCGGCUAUCAGCUAGCGUCCGAUGAGCUGACCGUCCGCGUGGGUCUGUACGAUCUGCUCACGCUCGCCCGCCACUCCCAAGAGCAUCGGGUAGGACGGAUUCAUCGGCACGGAAACUUCACGACAGGCUCACCCCGCCAUGACAUUGCCCUGCUGACGCUUCGAACCAUCGUGGAGUUCGGGGACUUUGUACAGCCGAUUUGUUUGCCACGGGAGCCGGAUGCUCUCAAGGGAGUUCGGACGGGAACUGUGUCUGGUUGGGGGUUGACAGAGGAUGAUUCCCCUGCUAGAACGCUUCGAUCGGCCACAAUGCCAGUUGUGAGCUAUUUAAGGUGUCUUCAAAGUGAUUCCACACUAUUUGGUGCUGUCCUAUACGAUGGGAUGUUCUGUGCAGGGUGGGAAAAUGGUACGAACGUCUGCAAUGGUGAUAGUGGAGGAGCAUUCGCUGCCAAUGUUAACGGUAGUUGGACAGCCUUUGGUAUAGUGUCUUUUACGGGAGUUAGAGAACACACCGACGGCCAAACACCAUUCCGUUGUGAUACAAAAAGCCUCGCUGGAUUCAUCAGCAUUCCAAUGUACCUGGAUUGGAUUGAAUCUGUAUCUGCUGUGGAAGCUGUGCAGCUAGGCACACAUGUGUGUCAAUCGUACCGCGACCAAUGCCCAAAGCCAGAAGACAUAUCGUACUUGGCUCCAAUCGUCCGGCCGAUCCGCGUCGCUGGAAGUUCGCCCCGUUACGCUCGGCUAGUGAUUGAUUGCUACGGCGUUCUGAUAAGUGAGCGGUUUCUUCUGGCACCGGCUAGCUGCCACCAUAGCACAGCCCUGCCAAAGCAAUUCAUUAUGCUAGAGUUUGCCGGUCAGGCAAUGGCCUGUAGUGUAAAGAGAUUCCAUCAUCACCCGAAUUUUAUCAACAAUCCUCCAUCCGACAAUAUCGCCCUAAUCGAACUGGAACGGGCAGUGUCUCUGUCCACCUGUCAGUUUGUGUGUCUCUGGACGGGGGUCGAAGGUGCCGAAAGUGAGACCCUCCCGAACAUCUUGCUCUACUCGGCUGUGAACGUCUCGUCCGGUGACAAAUCGAUCGAGUCGUCGGAGAUGACGGUCCGACCGACUUCCAGUGGCCGGGGCAGCACAACCCAAGCGAGUCGCUGCUACGACGAGCUGCUGGCGCCCUUGGUGAUGCAGCAGAACCCGGACGGUGGUCGGUCCGAUCGAUUGGUCGGCAUUGUUGUCGAGCGAACCUGUACGACGAUACGCUUCAUCAAGGUAGCACCGUUUCUUGGCUGGAUCGAGCGGAUUGUCUGGCUGGGGUCAUCAUCUUCGGAUAACGACAAUGGGCUGUAA